AUGCAGACGGCGGGUACGGAGUGCUCACGCCGCACCACAACCAUAGAUCAGGCCACUCCACCACAUCCCACAAGCGUGCCUGUGUACAGUCUCCGGAGCAGUCACUGGCACGAUUCGAGAACGUUGGACCACGAGACGACAGCUCACUUUGUUUGGCUUGGCACCGCUCGCACGGCAGACGAAGGUAUGGAUGGACCAUCGGGCAGCGAUGGCACAGCGGCAGAUCUGCGCAGUGCGGAAAAAGACAUCAAGCAGGUCCCGACAGACUACCGAGCGCGCGCACUCGAGCUGCACCUUUCAGGCGGCGACUCAGAUGUGCACGGUAGAGCGGCGAAAGACUACGCCUCGUAG